AUGAUGAAAGUGCUGCAAAAUUCCGUCCUGGCCGGCAUCUCGCUACUGUCAGUCUAUCUCUUCCAUCGACUUCGCCAACAUCGUCGUCGCUAUGCCAGCUUGCCUCAGCUCCAUUCGUCAUUGCUAUUGGGCCAUCUCAAAGCUUUGAGUGAUGUCGUCUCCAACGGUGACAAAAAGAGGCAUAUCGAUAUUGUCUUCUCCGAGAUCUGCAAAACGCUGGGCAACGUACCAAUGUUCAUAUUGGAUCUCCAUCCAGUGGCACCGGUCUUGUGUGUGGUUUGCAGUCAUGAUAUCGCUGAACAGGUCACCAAGGCUUCCAAGGCUUUUCCGUACAGUCUCCCCAAGGCACCAACAACAAGAGCGUUCGAGGACUUGUUCGGUCCCAGAUCGAUCAUCACCGCGGAGGGCGAAGAAUGGAAGUCACUCCGUAAAAGAUUCAAUCCUGGGUUUGCCUCGAGACAUCUGGUCCGCCUCUUGCCCUGUAUCAUCGACAAAACACGGCGGUUUGUCGAUAUCCUCGAGCACUACGCUACCACUGGCGAGGAAUUCAAAAUGCAUGAGCUGUGCACGAACCUUACCUUCGAUAUUAUUGGUGCCGUGACCAUGGACAUUGAUCUCUGUGCGCAACUGGGCAGAUGCGACCAGAAUGAGAUCAUCCGUCUCUUCCGUGAUUUGGGUUCAACUUAUCGUGGCCGCGGCGAUAACGGAGGCAUCUGGAUUAAUCCCUGGACGACUCGAUAUCGACAAAGUUUAGUUCGCAGAUUGGACGUGCUGAUCAAGAAUCACAUCCAACAGACGUAUGCAGAGAAGACCGAACAGUCUGGUGCAGGAUGCAAACCGGAUACUGAAUCUCGGAGUAUCCUCUCGCUGAGUCUGCGCGAUAUCGACGAACUGACCCCUGACAUCCUCGAUCAGAUCUGUGAUCAGCUCAAGACCUUCCUCUUUGCCGGCCAUGACACGACCAGUGUCUUACUUCAGUGGGCACUGUACGAGCUCAGCCGCACCCCGCGUGCAAUGAACAUCGUUCGACGUGAACUGGACGAAAUCUUCGGACCGAAUUCGAGUCCAGAAAAUGUGCAUGAAAUGCUUUUAUUGGAACAAGGCGACAGACUUCUCUCCCGCAUGUCGUAUAUCUCGGCAGUCAUUAAGGAGAUCCUUCGUUUAUACCCGCCGUCGGGUACUGCCCGCUACUGUGAGCCUGGAUCAGGCUUUACAAUCAAGUUACCUGGUGGGGAUGAAUUAUGCCUUGGCGGCGUGGUGUUAUACAACUGCGAGACCAUUGUACAGCGAGACGAGAGGGUGUUUGGCGAAACUCGGAAUACGUUCAUGCCUGAGCGCUGGCUCGGCAACACCGACACCAGAAUACAGACGAACGAAGAUCCAAGCUUGGAGAGUGGCUCCAAAGGGUCUGACGGACAAAUCCCACAUAGCGCCUGGCGACCAUUUGAACGUGGUCCUCGGAAUUGCAUUGGGCAGGAGCUGGCUAAUAUUGAGGCACGGGUCAUUCUGGCGUCGGUGGUGAGACAGUAUGAUUUUGUCAAAGUGGGAUUGGGAGAAAACAAGCUUAACGAGAGUGGCGAACCGGUUGUGAACCCCACUGGACAGUAUGAAGUGAAAUCUACUCUGUAUAAUACGCUGGAGGUUACUGCGAAGCCAGUAGAUGGAACCAGGAUGAAAGUUCAACUCUCUACGAAGGAACUGAAGAGAUCGUGGUAG